AUGAAGUCUUCUGUUAUUUUGUUGUCAUUAGCUGCGGCAACCGCUUUGGCUGCUCCGGCUCCAAGCAGAAACCAUGUUGUUCAUGAACGGCGCAAUGCGUUGCCCGCAUCUUGGGUUGAGCCUCGCCGUGUCGAUAGCCAAACUGCGUUGCCUGUGAGAAUAGGAUUGACCCAAUCCAACUCGGAUGUAGGACAUGAUCUUCUCAUGGACGUCUCAAAUCCUAACUCGCCCAACUAUCGCAAAUAUAUGACCGUCCACGAAGUCAAUGAUUUCUUUGCUCCUUCAGAGAAAGCUGUCUCGGCCGUUCGAACCUGGUUGGCGAAUGCCGGAAUUGCUUCUGACCGAGUCAGCCUAUCUGCCAACAAACAGUGGCUUCAGUUCGACGGACAUGCCGACGAGGUCGAACGUUUGCUAGGAACAGAGUACUACAUCUAUACCCAUGAGGACAGCGGUAGAACACAUUUGGGAUGCGAAGAAUAUCACGUCCCCAAACACCUCAGUGAGCACAUUGAUUACAUUACUCCCGGUGUCAAAACCCUUGAAGUUCGCGACACCCGCCCAGCUGCACUCGAGAAGCGCAUUUUUGGACUCAAGAAUUCGCAACCACCUCUGUUGAAAGACAUCCCAGCAGCCAUUGAGGAUAUUCUUGAUACCCUUGUGACAAGCGCGGCAGCCACCAGCUGUGACACGACCAUCACCCCGGACUGCAUCAGGACCAUGUAUAACAUCACUGAGGGUACCACCGCUACUAAGGGAAAUGAGCUUGGAAUCUUUGAAGAUCUUGGUGACUACUAUGCUCAGGAAGAUUUGGACCUUUUCUUUACCAAAGUUUACCCCAAAAUUCCCAAAGGAACUUCCCCAACCCUCAAAGGAAUCGACGGUGCCACAGCUCCUGCCCCAGUGAAUAGCGCCGGCGCAGAAUCCGACCUUGACUUCCAAAUUGCCUACCCGAUCAUCUGGCCACAAAACACCGUCCUUUUCCAAACCGACGACGCCCACUAUGAGGCCAACUACACCUUUGAAGGCUUUUUGAACAACUUCCUUGACGCUAUUGACGGUUCCUACUGCACGUUCUCUGACUAUGGUAUCUCCGGCAACACCGUCGACGAUCCACCAUACCCUGACCCAGCAGCAAAUGGAUACAAGGGUAGCCUGCAGUGUGGCGUCUACAAACCAACCAACGUGGUUUCUAUCUCCUACGGCGGUGACGAGAUCAGCCUGUCAGCCAACUACCAGAAGCGCCAAUGUGACGAAUUCAAGAAGCUCGGAUUGCAAGGUGUCUCCGUGGUUGUUGCCUCGGGAGAUUCUGGUGUCGCAGGUGCCCAAGGAUGUCAAGGUAAAAGCGGAUCCGUCUUCAACCCUGACUUCCCUGCCGGAUGCCCCUACAUCACGACUGUCGGUGCCACGUACCUUCCCAAGGGCGCUAGUGCUAGUGGAGGUAAAGAAGUAGCUGUGUCUCGAUUCGCAUCCGGUGGUGGAUUCAGCAACAUCUACCCUCGACCAGCCUACCAAGCCGACGCAGUCAACACAUACCUGACAAAGCACACCCCAUCAUACAAGUCCUACAAUACCACCGACAACGCUAACAUUGGUGCCAACGGCGGUCUCUACAACGCUGCUGGCCGAGGUUACCCCGAUGUGGCUGCAGUUGGUGACAAUGUCCUUAUCUACAACGCCGGAAAGGCAUCUUUGAUCGGAGGAACUUCAGCAUCAGCACCAGUGUUUGCAGCUAUUUUGACACGUAUCAAUGAGGAGUUGUUGGCUAAGAAGGGUACCACCGUUGGCUUCGUGAACCCUACGCUCUAUGCUCACCCGGAGGUUUUCCAUGAUAUUACCAGUGGCAGCAACCCAGGCUGUGGUACAAAUGGAUUUAAGACGGCAGCUGGUUGGGAUCCUGUGACCGGAUUGGGAACUCCCAACUAUCCUGCUUUGUUGGCUCUUUUCUUGGGCCAGUAG